AAGCAUGGGUUAAAGCAAGCAGGACCAGUUUGUAGCGUGUUUGCCUGCACACCACUCCCUCUCCUUUCUCUGGCUGUGCAACUGCUGUGUGGAAUUUUGCUCGCUCCCUGCCUUCUCUCUCUCUCUCUCUCUCUUCAGCAGCGCCAAUCCAUGUUUCGGUUUGUAUAGUGAUACGUACGAAAGACAACUUUUUGCAGGCAGCGAACGUGGCGGUUUAACCGUUCAAAACAUAUUCAACUGGAAACGGGGCUGGAGCUGUGACUUGAAGGUCCUGUGGAUGGAUAAUAUAUCCAUACAUCUUACUGGAUCUGUGGGUGAAAAAAGGCUGCAAUGGGGGGAAUAAUGGUCAUAAAGUUGCCAAUGGAAUGAUCAGCCUCGCUGAAUAGCAAUGCUUAGGUAUUUGGAAUAAUAGACCCCCUCCCCCCCCAUUAAGGACGUCUUCUAAAAUAUACCAAAGACUGUAAUCUAAAGCACCCCACCCUCUGCCCAAAACGUCCUAAGGGAGGGAAAUCCCAUUGAAAUCUGACAUAAAAAAAACCGCAACUUUUUGGCUUCUUCGGUCCAAGCAGCAGCGGCCGGCAGCAUGACCACCUCGGCCCUGCGACGGCAGGUCAAGAACAUUGUCCACAACUAUUCGGAAGCAGAGAUCAAGGUGCGGGAGGCCACCUCCAAUGACCCCUGGGGACCGUCCAGCUCCCUUAUGUCCGAGAUCGGUGACCUGACCUUCAACGUGGUGGCCUUCACUGAGGUCAUGGGCAUGAUCUGGAAGCGGCUCAACGAUCACGGCAAGAACUGGCGCCACGUCUACAAAGCCCUGACCCUGCUGGACUACCUCAUCAAGACUGGCUCCGACAAGGUGGCCCACCAGUGCAAGGAGAACGUCUUCACCAUCCAGACCCUCAAGGACUUCCAGUUCGUAGACCGCGAUGGCAAGGAUCAGGGCAUCAACGUGCGGGAGAAGGCCAAGCAGCUGGUGGCCCUGAUGCGAGAUGAGGAGAGACUCAAGCAAGAACGUGCCAACGCUCUGAAGACCAAGGAGCGCAUGUCCGCCGUGGCCACUGGGAUCAGCAGCAGCAGUAGCCAACAGGUCAGCUACCCCAGCCGCCGCUCCAGCCAGCCCACUAUGUCCUCGCUGUACGGAGAAGAGUUCGGGAGGUCACGGGGUUCCCCCUCAUCUUAUAACUCCUCGUCCUCUUCGCCCCAUUUGAACUCUGACCUGGAGCAAGCCCGCCCCCAGACCAGUGGGGAGGAGGAGCUACAGCUGCAGCUGGCGUUGGCCAUGAGCCGAGAGGAGUGUGAAAAGCCACAGUGGCAACCCCCCUCAACGGCAGUUGAAAUCGAUGAAGACACCGAGCUGCAGAUUGCUCUGAGCCUCAGUAAGGAGCAGCACGAGAAGGACCAGCGCUCAAGGCAAGGCGAUCACUCUCUGCUGCAGAAGGCCUUAGAGGAGAGCCGGCUGGAGAGUGAGGAUACUACUCCACAGGGAGAGUCUGCCCUGCUCGACCUGGUGGACAUUUUCGGCCCAGUGUCUUCAGCACCCCCUGCUGGAGACCCGUGGGAUAUCGCUGCGACUGAUGGCAACAACCCCUGGGCUGAACCCCAGACCAGCCCCUCACCCCCAGCUCUGCCUGCUUCUGACCCCUGGGACACUGUCGGCGCGAGACCAGGCACUCCGGCUACAGGCAGCUGGUCGGACCUGGCGACAGCAGUGUCCAGCGCCCCAUCACCGCCCUGGCCCUCCAAACCCUGGGGCUCCGGCCACCCCCAUGCUGACCCCUGGGAGACUCCGGCCAGUGCCCUCAGCCCCACUCCCAAUGACCCCUGGGAUCACACUGCAGGUGGCCCUGCGUUUGACCCUUUUGUAGAGCUGUCUGAGCCCGGUGAGGAGGAAGCUAGAGCGCUCAACAGGGCCCAUGCUCCUUCCUCCACAGAGCUGGACCUGUUUGGUGAGCUGUUCCCCAGCACCCAGAUUAAUGGAACAUCCAGCCCGGACACAUUGGACCUGAAGCGGCUGGGAGACUCGCUGGCAGAGUCCAGCCUCAGGAACUGCAGAACUCCCGAGUCCUUCCUGGACCCCAGUGCGGCCUCGCUCGUCAACUUGGACUCCCUCAUCCCUGCCGGGGCGCCCGUGAGCAAAAACCCCUUCCUGUCAGGAAGGCCUCAGGGCAGAGCGCAGGAAAUGGGCAAGCCCUGCUACACUCCAGAGACUAAUGGGGUGCACAGAGAGCAGCACAGCAGGUUUAUCACAGGGGGUCUGAGCACCCCCUCUCCCACUAACCCCUUCCACUGCGAGCAGCCUCGCCUCACCCUCAAUCAGAUGCGUACUCCAUCGGGCUCCCCUCAGCCUGGCUCCCUGUCCUACAGCACCUCCCUGCCCCUGCCGCUGAGCAGCCUGCCCGCGGCCAUGAGCCUGCCCUCCUCCCUCACCCAGCCACCAGCCUCAGGAGCACCCGCCUUCGCUCCUCCGGCGUGUCUCCUAGACAUCCCCAGCAACCUGCCUCAGCCCCUGCUACCCAUGGCCCCGCAGCAACCUGGGGCCCCUGGCAGAAACCCCUUUCUAUGAACUAGCCUUGAGGUUGACUUUACUGACUUGGGAUGGAUCGAUUUCUCGCCUGGACAAUCACGCAGCUUGGAGUUUUAUUUAUUUUAUUGUCAGGCAUUCUAACAAGGCAUUCUACAAAGAACGCGCAAGGCAAGCCACCCCCUGCCCCCGCUCCACUCCCUCCUUCAACUCUAGCCAGCCACCCACCCAUGACGUACUUCGAAUGAGGGGAUUUUAGGGAGGGGCAUUCAUUCUCUGUACUAUCCGUGUGUAAUCCACCAUGAUUUUAAUAGGCAGAAAGGGCUGCACAUGAGAGUGUUGUGGAGUUAUUUAUUUCAAUUUCUGCUUCCUGAUAUAGCUGGCACUAUACUGAGCCAUGCAAUUCAACACACUGCAUCACAUGUGGCAAACAUUCCAGGGAUCUUCAGAUCCUCCCCCACCUUCAUCGGAUAAUCAGUUGGGUCCGGAAGGCUGACAGAACUGCUGCUGGUGUUUUAAGUAUUGACCUGUACCAGGAAAGCGUUGCAAGCCUAGACGAAUGGCUAAAAGUGUUCUGGGGAGCUUCUUUUGACUGGAAAACACUGUUAUGUUUGGUGUGGGCCCCAACUAAAGAUAUAUCUUACUCUCAAUUCACUGAUUGUGGACUGUGCUUGACAAUGCAAGGCUGUCUUUAAGAAAGUCCCAGUUCACACUCUGUUAGCAGUCCAGAAGGUUUUAGAUGUAAAUGACACAAGAAUGAGUUUGCUUGUAACUGUAGAAUGACCCAUAUCUUAAAGAAAUGAUAUAUCAAUACAACUACAAUUUGUCAAUAAAUUAUCAAAAGGUUUUAUUCUAUGUUUUUGUAUGUCGUGUAUUUUUCACCCACAAACAGCAGGAAUGGAGCCUGUUUUUCAAAACCACCACCAGGUGGUGUCAGUUAACAGUGGGACACAAUAUUCAGGAAUUUCGUGAAAUCUUUUUAAAAUCGAUCAUUUAACUAAAUAUACAUUGUAGGUGGAUAACUGCACUGUUUUAAUGAUCAAAUAAUGAAUAUAUUAAAAAGCGAGAUAAAAUGGAGAACUUGGUUUAUUUUUUAAAUAUAUCAAAUAUACAGUUUAUAGUUUACAAGCAAAAACAUUGGGUAGCGACAAUGUUAUCGGAGUUGACAAAUGAUUGUGUGUAAAAGAAGCAAAUGCCAAGUUCAGGCUAGCUCUGUUAGAUAUUUUAUGUAAUGAAUGUAUAGGUUGAGCUCCAUCUAUGGAACAGAUUAUUGUGAAGGUCAGUUCAUUUACUGCAACGGUCAGGUAAUUAUCAGCCUUGAUAAGAUGCUGGUUCACAUGUUUCAUUACCAUAAAAAAGCAACUGAGCCAUUAACGUUAGCUAAAGUUUAGUGGAACAUGAAGCCAAGUUUGUUAUGAUGACCACAGGAUAGCAUGUGUUCCUAGCAAGAGAAAUCUAGGUUCAAUUCCUUCAUUGUAAUGGUGAGCGUUUCAAAUGCUGUUCUAGCCACUCCUCGAAUCCACUGAAGGGUAGAACAAAUGUAUAUGAAUAGCAGUUACAAAUUGGUCUUCACUGGAGAUUGCAAACAACAUUUCUUAAAUGUGUUUCAAAGCAUACAAUAAUUUGCUGCUGUUUAUAACAAUAUUCCUGCAGAGUACAUUGUAUGUAGAAGAUACACCAUGAACAUUGAUGAAAUACUGGAGGUGUAGAUUGUUUCCUUCCUAAUCGGUGAAAAACCCACAAGACUUCAUGAACUGUCAUUCUUUUUAUAUACAUAUGGAAAAAAAAGCAUAUUUUAAACCUAAUUUAAGCGGUCAAAUUUUGUGAAUUGCUUUUCUUAGGAUUAAGCUCUGCAUCUGCAUAGCAAAGCGGCAUAAUUCAAAACAGUGCAAUUUGCCCAGGUAACAGCAGCCAAAGAUUACUAAAAAAAUAUAUAUA